AACCCCAGGAGAACAAAUCGUAAACCCCACCACCUUGCCCCAUCUUGAAUCAUGCUCCCCACAGACCACAGCCACCGGGAAGAUAGGGCAGGCAAGUUUGCUUCUAUCUUAUUAAGAGCUGAGCAGCAUUUCCUGGGCCCCAGGCUUCAUUAGCACGUUGGUGGUGUUGCUUCCUGUAGCUGACUCUCUGUUUCCAUUCUGGCAAACUGUUUGUUCUCUUCUCUUUGCUUUGGGGGUUGGGGGAAGAUGAGCUUCUCACGGAACCUCUCUCCAGCUUCUCGACAGUUUCCCCCACGGCACCCCUCAUGCUCUGACGAGGCAGGGAACCCGGCUUCUCCCUGAGCAGCUGUGCUGGGGAGUCCACACCCGGAUGAGCUCUCCCCUCUGGCAUCGAAGACACAUCCAGGUAUGUAUGGAAAACACAAACCAAUUCUGCCUUUUGUCCUGGGAGUCAGCAAUUAAGGAAGAGCCAGGAAACGGGCAGACAGGCUGGCGAGCUAAUGAUGGUUGAGAGAAGGCUUGGAAGGAGAAGCUGAAGCCAGAGAGGGUCCGGGGAUAAUGGGCAUGACCACGCCGGCCAUCUCAGAGGUCAGAGGGAGGACCUCACAGCCCAGCACUCUACAGGGAACCCUCAGCACCCUGGACAGAGCUAAAGACCAGGACAGCAGCAUCUUUUCUGGGUUUGCGGGACUCCUCUCCAUCCUCCUGGUUGUUGCAGUGUUUUGUGUCCUGUGGAACUGGAAUAAAUGGAAGAAACGGCAAGUUCCUUACCUCCAGGUUACUGUCAUGCCCUUGCUGACUCUGCCUCGACCCAGACAGCGAGCCAAAAACAUUUAUGACCUCUUGCCUCGAAGACAAGAAGAGCGGGGAAGACAUCCUUCAAGGAGUAUCCGUGUUUUCAGUACUGAGAGCCUCCUCUCCAGAACUUCUGACAGCCCUCCCUCUGAUCAUAUGCCCUCCGGAGCAGGCGAUGCCCUCCAAUUGCACAGAACCCACACUCUUGCCAUGGGGUAUGCAGUGGGCAUCUAUGACAAUGCUGUUGGUUCCCAGAUGUGUGGGAACCUUGCACCCUCAGCACACUACAUCAAUGUCAGAGCUUCCAGAGACUGCUCGAGCACUUCUUCAGAGGAUUCAAGAGAUUACGUCAAUGUCCCCACCCCAAAAGAGAUUGCUGAGAGUUUAGCUUCUACCAGCAGCCCUCCUGGGAACCUCUUUGGCCCCCCAAGUGCUGAGGAGCUGGAGUUUACAGAAGAAAGAGAUGAGGGCUGUGGGAAUGCCAGUGACUGCACCAGUUUGGGGGCUCCAGGAACUGAGAGCGGUGAUCCACUCAGCGAUGGGGAAAGGUCUUCUCAGACCUCAAAUGACUACGUCAACAUGGCAGGGUUGGAUCUUGAGGCCACCCAAGGAAAGCAGCCCUGGGGGGCUUUUCGGGGCUGCAGAGAUUACGAAAAUGUACCACCAGAACCCAGUGAGAACCAGCAGCAAGAGGAGGAAGAAGUGAUAUCCUCAAACUCAGACCAUGAAGAGGGCAUGACAGAUGGUUCGGGAACGCACGUCCCACCUGUCAUGCAGUCUGGGAGUCUCCUGGCUUUAAAGGAUUGUGUGGCCUCUCAGUCAUCUGCACAGAGUGAGAACAGUGAGAUGAAACAUGGAGAAGAGAUGUCAAAUGAGGACUCUCAUGACUACGAGAAUGUGUGAGCUGCCAACGUGGGCAGCAGGGACUCUGAGCAAGGGCCCCACACGCAGCUCCUUCCGGAUGAAUUAGGACCCAGUCACCCAGUUGGUCUAUCCUCCUGGAUCCACAGCCACUACAGGGGCUAGUGAAGACCUCUGACCACCCUUGUACUUCAGCGGAUCCAUUCGAUUAGGUUAAAAGGAGGCUGAAAUGAGUAGAGCGCUGAGAGGAGGACCUCACAGCAGCAGAAGUUUGAGAAAGCCACAAAGGAAUCCUUCUCAGGCAGGGCGAUGUUAUUUCUCAUACCAGCUUAAUGUUUGCAGAAACUGCCUUUCAGGACUAUUAGGAAGGAGUUCCCGUCAUGGCUCAGUGGUUAACGAAUCCAACUAGGAACCAUGAGGUUGCCGGUUUGAUCCCUGGCCUUGCUCAGUGGGUUGGGGAUCUGGCAUUGCCACGAGUUGCGGUAUAGGUCGCAGAUGUGGCUCGGAUCCUGCGUUGCUGUGGCUCUGGCGUAGGCCUGCGGCUGCAGCUCCACUUAGACCCCUAGACUGGGAACCUCCAUAUGCUGCGGGAGCGGACCAAGAAAUGGCAAAAAGAAAACAAAAACAAAAACAAAACAAAAAAAAAAGGACUGUUAGGAGGUUAAAAAUGGGACAGGGCCUUAGUGUACCAAAGGACCAUGGAGUAGUCUAAACCAGUAGCUUCACUGAUAUCAGCAGGCUGCAAAGCAGGAAUACAGAUUAUUUUGAAAUCUAGGCCGAGGCCAAAAAGAA